AUGAAUUUUAGCCGAAGUACUCAACCUAGUACUGCAAGCUCGGCUCCGGCUGGAGGCGAUGCCGCUAACUCCGCUGCGCAAUCUUCUAUAGCAUCGUCUCGGGGCAGUGUUAGCAACGAUGACAACCUGACCUGCCGAUGGAAUGCCUGCAACCAAAAGCAUAUCUGUGAGCGUCAUGUUGGCCGCAAGAGCACCAACAACCUCAGCCUCACUUGCCAUUGGAACUCAUGUUAUACUACUACGGUCAAGCGAGACCACCUCACUCCUCAUAUUCGUGUUUAUACUCAUGCCGACGACUCGGUUCUUGUACGACCAGCUCAAAAUCAGGGCGGUCUCAAUCACAGGCCUCAGCCUCCCGAGGGUAUCUAUUAUAACCAUAAUGACCAGGUGCGAAAUAACGACGCCGCUUUCGCCCACCAGGCAUGUCAUGUUAGCAGCUACUAUGCUCCCCAGCCCUCUACCAACUAUGGUCUCUACUUCGACGGGCAUCUAGUGAACGACACCCAUACUGAGCAUCUAGAUUACAACGCAGUAGUUGCCGGUGGUUGUGGCCGUAAGCGCACCUACGACGUGGUCGAUGACUUCUUCAGAAAUGCCAAGCGCCGACAGAUUGACCCUUCCUCUUAUUCUCAGAUGGGCCGCUCUCUCAUGCCUCUCCACGGAUCCAAGGACCUGAUCUACAUCAGCAACAUCCUGAGCCAGAUGCAGGAUACCAUCUAUGAGAAUGUCAACCACGCCACUGCGGGCGUUCACAUUCAUCAUAACGCUGGUGGUUUUACCCGUUAUCGCAACACCCACUCGCCUCCUGCAUCGCAUCGCUCGCCUGGUGGCCUUUCUAUGGGCGAUGAGGCCCACCACGCCGUGUCUGCUGCUAGCAUGGCGUCACCCCUGCCAAGGUUUUGGUCACUCUGCUACUACCGCCCUGGACCCAGCCUUGAGAGCAACGAGCGCCGCCGCUACUCAGGUGGUAUGCUCCAGCGGGCUCGAGGAGGCCCCCUUCCUCUGCCCUGGCAGGACAGCAACAAUAGCGGCGCUGGUACACUGGAUUAG